UGGGACGCAGCGGUAGCACCUACCUGCCCUUCUCUCCGCUAUCCGUCCAGUAGCUCGGGAAUCCCAAGAGCACAGCUCAUAACCCACGGGACACUCAGCUCUCCGCCCCGUCCGGCCUGAUCACAGCCUGAGCCUGCCCAAGAUCUGAUGUACAGCUGUCUGAUAAUGAAGAGGAUCUACAGAUAUCAGACCAUGAGGAAGAUCUAUUGGAACACGCAGAGGGGGAAUCUGAAGGAGAGGAGUCUGCACAAGGGGCAGGCUCUCCAGACUCCAUCACUGGGACUGCAGAAGAACCAGAACCUGCUGGUUAUACUUCCCCUAAGAAAGCUAGUUCAACCAGAGAGACGCCUAUUUCUCCACAGCUAAGUGACAUGGUUAGCAGUAAUCAGAGUAUGCGUCCCACCUCUUCAAGGGCCAGCAGUCGGAGGUCCUUACAGACCCAAAGCAUGGAAAAUAUUGCAGCUUCAGGUGACACAGGAGUUGUGACCUCUUCCCCAUACUCAGCUCUCCAUCAGUUCAGCCAGCAGCUGGGUGACAGCGAUGAUGAGAAUCAAGAGCAAGAAGCCAGAUCAGAGGGGGGUGAUGGUGACUUUGAGGAAGAGUCAGAUCUGGUGGUGCUUGAUCCUGAUCAUCCUUUGAUGAACAGAUUCCAGACUGCUCUCAAGAACUACCUCAGCAAACAGUUAAACAAUCUGGAUAUGGAACUACGUGAAAUGAAUUCUUCCUUUAAAAAAAAUAAAACGGAACGAGAGGAACUUGGUGUGAUCCUGUAUGGAAUACAACAGGAACUUGCACGUUUGCAGAUGGGGCUGGAGAAACAUCAAGAUAAACACUCCCAGGUCUCUGUGGUGCGCCGGCAGAAAGAGGAGGAGCUGGAAAAAAUCCGAAAUUUGUACAAGAACACUCACCAGAUAACAAACGAAGAACGCAAGAAAGUAUCCUCUAUGCAGACAGAGGUGGAGAACUUGGCUUUAAGACUCUUCUAUAUGCAGAAUGUAAAUCAGGACGUGCGAUCAGACAUCUCUUUGAUGAAACGAGCAGUGCAGAAAGCAGAGGCUGAGAGAGUGCAGGCUGAAAUUGAGAAACAAAAACAGGAUAUGUUUGUGGAUCGACUUACGAGGGAGGCCGACCGUCUUCGCGAGCAAAUUGCUUUGUACGAAGCACAGGUUUCUGCUCAGCGUGAAGACACCAAGGCUGCUCGUGAAGUAGUGGCAGAGGCUUGCAUGGAGAUUGAGGCCAUUGGUCUAGAGAAGAAGCACCUACUUCAGCAGUGGAACAGCAGUCUGAUUGGCAUGAGGAGGCGGGAUGAAGCGUAUGCUGCUAUUCAAGAGGCCCUGAGUUUGGCCCAACAGGAACUUCGUUCUCUAGAUACUGAGAUUGAGAGCUAUAAGAAAGCUACCACAAAGGAAGAGGACAGAAAUGAACAGCUUACCCUUAUGUACAAUCGGGCAGAGAGUGAUGCUGCUAUGUGCAAGAAGCUGAUUGCUCAGUGCCAGGCCAGACAAGAAGCGCUGAGAGUUGAAUUUACUAUGUACACGCGCACCUUGCAGGAGACCGAGCAAGCACUUAGCAGGGUUACUAUGGAGCGUGCGGGUCGCUUGAGCGAGGUGAAAGUGCUACGCAAGCAGAUUGAAAAAGAGGCCCAGGUGAAAGUAGCCUUGGAAAAUAACAUCAUGGAGAAGCUUCAAGAUAAGUUGACAUCUGGUAAAGCUGCCAAGUACUCAGCUCAGCUGGCAGCAAAGCUGCAAAAGAGGAAGCUUGAACUGGAGAUAGACUACUCCAAGAUAGAGAAUGAGGCAGCCCAAUUUCAGCUGGAAGUAAAUAACAGCUCUUCUAGAAUUAAAGGUCUACAGAAGACAUUGGUGGAACUGGAAAAAGACAUUCAGAGCACCACUGAGCUGAUACACAGGAGUCAAGCUGAGAUCUCUAAACGUACCAUAGCAAUUGAAAGAAAGCAGUCAAGUAUCAAUCUAUUCAGCAAGCAGAUAGAGGCCACCAUCGCUCAAAUUGGGGGGAAGGAACUGGGACCCUUGGAGAUCCAAAUUACAGCUCUGAACAAGCAGAUAGAUGAAUGCAACUCGGAUAUUGUCUCAGUACAGCAGUUCUGGCUCCGGCUGCAGACGGAUAUGGUGAUGCUAACACGACAGCGCGAAGAGCAGGAUGCCACAGUGGAAAUGUUAAAGAAAGAGCUGACCAUUAUGCAGCAGAAGAAAAUCCGAACUGAGAAUGAGAUUGAGCAGGAGAAGAAAGAGCAAAAGGAUAUUGAGUAUCACAUGAGGAACCUGAAAAAUGACAUGUUGCGGCUGAAUAUUCUGCUGAGCAAAAACAUCAGCUCCAAAGAACAACUGGAACAGCACAACCAGCUAAUGGAGAGCGAGUUCAUGCACUCUCUUAGGGAGGCAGAGCGGGAGUCAAUUGGAAUGCAGCAGUUCCUGGGAAACAUCCAAGAGGAGAAGGAGAGACUCCUCCAUAGUCUUGUAGAGGCAGAAUAUCAGAUCAUGUUGUGGGAGAAGAAGAUCCAGUUAGCCAAAGAGAUGAGAAACGCAGUGGACUCGGAGGCUGGUCAGGGAGAAAUCCGAGCAAUGAAGUCUGAAAUCCACCGUAUGCAGGUCAGACAUGCACAGCUGAUUAAGCAGCAGGAAAAAAUGAUCCGUGAAAUGGAGGCAGUGGUGUCUCGCAGGGAGACCAUAACAACACGUGGACAGGGCCUGGCUGAGAAAGACAGAAACCAUCUAACUACUAAUGAAUUCCGUGGGAAGCUGCAGGAAUUGAGGAAAAAGAUAAAAGAAACACAAAAAAACGCAGAAGAAUGCACAAAUAUUGUAACUGACCUACAGAAAACUCAGCAUGAACUAGGUGAAGAAAUCGAAGAAAAACAGCAAAACAUCUCUACCUUAAAACUUGAUUCCAAUUCAAUGGAGACUGAAAUUGAGCGCCUUCAGGAGAAGAAGCGGCAGAACUUAUCCGAGAUUGUGGCCUAUCAGACACGGAUGAAGCACCUGCAGGCUGUGAAGGAUGGAAAAUACACACCCAUGUGUAGUACACCUCGAUCUCUGGAAUUGGAGCAGCAGAAACAAGAGACCCGUAUGCAUGCAGUCAGCACCAUAGUACAUCAGAUCCAGCAAGACUAUCCGCAAUAUCAGAGCAUCCUGCGCAAUGUCAGUCUAGCCUUGGAGGUGCGAUUGGGCUCUCAGGAAGCCAUGUCUGAAAGGACGCCAUGAUAAAUAACAACAGUCUCUACCUCAUAGUCUUCUCUUUCAAUAGCAGAUGCUUUGUUAUCAUAUUAAAAUGGAACCAUAGUGUGUCAGUGAUUAAACCAUAAAAGGAUACUAAACCCACAUUUUUUCUUUCAUGAUUUGGAUAGAGCAUGCAAUUUUAAGCAACUUUCUACUUU